AUGGUCCUCGAAUCCGUUGGUAAGGAGAAGUUUGGAGAGGCUCUUGGAGCUGUUUAUUCUUUUAGUACAAUUGCUGAACUCACAGCACCUAUCCUUGGAGGCAUUCUCUACGACGCCGUUGGUAUCUCAGCGGUAUUCGCGAUCGCCAUGGGUAUUACGAGUGUUGAUCUUAUCAUGAGACUACUCGUUAUUGAGCAUGAUGUCGCCAAAGACAAUAUGGGUUCGAAUGAGAGUUAUCUGAGUGGCGAAGAAUCAGAGGGCGCAAGUCACGCAACAGAAAAUGAGCCUUUGCUUCCAAGAGACGUCGAGACAAAGUACAAGGUUUGUGGCGAUACCAAUUCUUGGCUUCGUGCUAUGCCUGUUUUGUACUGCUUCCGCAAUGCGAGUUUUCUGAUAUCCAUGAUGACAUCGUUUACACAGGCGAUGAUCAUAAGCAUGUUUGAUGCCACUAUCCCUACUGAAGCUUACACUUUAUUACGCUUCUCAUCCCUCCAAGUCGGACUCUUGUUUAUCGCACUUGUCGCCCCCUGCACGCUUUUUGGAUGGUUUUGUGGGCGGCUGGUGGACAAACAUGGUACGAAAUACAUCUCAACUAUCGGGUAUGGCUUUUUGGCACCAUGUCUUGCCCUUUUGGGUCUGCCCUCUCAGGACGUUAUCGACAGAAACAUCAAAGCAAUAGUAUAUUGCAUUGUUCUGGCCCUGGAUGGAGUCGGACUGGCAAUAAUAAAUCUGCCUGGUUUCGUCGAAGCCAGUGACGUUAUGAAGAAGUACGAGGCAGCUAAUCCUGCUCUCUUUGGCGAUCACGGUUGUUAUGCUCAACUUUACGGCUUCAACUCGUUCUUUUUCUUUUCGGGCCUUACAGCCGGGCCCUUGGUCAGUGGCUUCCUUAAAGACCAUUUGGGAUAUGGGGGAAUGGGCAUCGGAUUCGGAAUUGCAUCAGCAGCUGUAGCGGUACUGUCGUACAUAUUUAUGGGUGAGGAUCUAUAG